GUGGGGACUGUCGUCGCCGAGGCUUGUCAUUCUGACCCAGGGAACCCUCAGAGCAUCUGGCAGAAAUGUCUAAUGCAAAAGAAAGAAAACAUGCUAAAAAAAUGAGAAACCAGCCCACCAACGUGACUUUAUCCUCUGGCUUUGUGGCGGAUAGAGGCGGAAAGCACCAUAAUGGGGGUGGGAAACCUCAGAAACAAGAGCCUCAUUCUGGAACUUCGCGACAGCGGCAAACCAAAAUCACUGCCCAUUCACUGCCUGAACCUCAUGUGAAUGAGCAGUCUUCCUCCAGAGUCACGUUUAAAAAAAAAGGAGGAUGGAAAACAGGUCCCGAGGGCACUUCUCAGGAGAUUCCCAAGUAUAUAACUGCUUCUACUUUUGCUCAAGCACGAGCUGCAGAAAUCAGUGCUAUGUUAAAAGCUGUAACCCAGAAGUCUUCUAAUUCACUGGUUUUCCAGACUCUGCCACGGCACAUGCGACGGAGAGCCAUGAGCCACAAUGUCAAACGCCUUCCUAGACGGUUACAAGAGAUCGCCCAGAAAGAGGCGGAGAAAGCCGUACAUCAAAAAAAAGAACAUUCAAAAAAUAAAUGCCAUAAAGCUAGAAGAUGUCACAUAAACCGGAUGCUAGAAUUUAACCGUAGACAAAAGAAGAACAAAUGGUUAGAAACUCACAUCUGGCAUGCAAAGCGGUUUCACAUGGUCAAGAAGUGGGGCUACUGCCUUGGGGAGAGGCCGACAGUGAAGAGCCACAGAGCCUGCUAUCGAGCCAUGACGAACCGUUGCCUCCUUCAGGAUUUAUCCUACUACUGUUGUUUGGAGUUGAAGGGCAAAGAGGAAGAAAUACUAAAGGCACUCUCUCCAAUGUGUAGCAUAGACACAGGAUUGACGUUUGCAGCAGUUCACUGCUUAUCUGGAAAGCGCCAAGGAAGCCUGGUGCUUUACCAGGCAAAUAAAUAUCCCAGAGAAAUGCUUGGGCCUGUUACAUUUAUCUGGAAGCCUAAGAGGACCUCUAGUGAUACUUCUGAGGGCAGACAGUUGUGGAUCUGGCUGCAUCCAACUCUUAAACAGGAUAUCUUAGAGGAAAUAAAAGCAGCGUGUCAUUGUGUGGAACCCAUCAAAUUAGCCGUGUGCAUCCCUGAUCCACUCCUGACACCAUCCCAAGAAAAAAGCCAGACUGAACUGCUUGAUGAGAAAAUCGGCAAGAAAAGAAAAAGGAAAGAUGAUGGAGAAAAUUCUAAACCAAUUAAAAAAAUUGUCGGUGAUGGAACUAGAGAUCCAUGUCAACCAUAUUCUUGGAUCUCUCCAACCACAGGCAUUAUAAUCAGUGAUUUGACGAUGGAGAUGAACAGAUUCCGGCUGAUUGGUCCACUUUCCCACUCCAUCCUAACUGAGGCGCUGAAAACUGCUUCUGUCCACAUGGAGGGAGGGGACACAGAGAAGACCCCUCACCAUUGGUGGAUUGAAACCUGUAAGAAUCCUGAUAGCAUUUCCCUUCAUCGCAGACAAGAAGCCAUUUUUGAAUUGUUGGGAGGAAUAACAUCACCAGCAGAAAUUCCAGCAGGUACUAUUCUGGGACUGACAGUUGGAGAUCCUCGAAUAAAUUUGCCUCAAAAGAAGUCCAAAGCUUUGUCUGAUCCAGAAAAAUGCCAAGAUAAUGAGAAAGUUAGACAGCUGCUUCUGGAGGGUGUGCCUGUGGAAUGUACACAUAGCUUUAUCUGGAACCAAGAUAUCUGUAAGAGUGUCACAGAGAAUAAAAUCUCGGAUCAGGAUUUAAACCGGAUGAGAAGUGAAUUGCUGGUGCCUGGGUCACAGCUUGUUUUAGGUCCCUGUGAAUCCAAGAUACCUAUACUUUUGAUUCAGCAGCCAGGAAAAGUGACUGGUGAAGACCGACUAGGCUGGGGAAGUGGCUGGGAUGUCCUGCUCCCAAAGGGAUGGGGCAUGGCUUUCUGGAUUCCAUUUAUCUAUCGAGGUGCAAGAGUUGGAGGAUUGAAAGAGGCUGUAGUACAUUCUCAGUAUAAAAGGUCACCUAACAUUCCAGGUGAUUUCCCAGACUGCCCUGCUGGGAUUCUGUUUGCUGAAGAGCAAGCUAAGAAUCUUCUUGAAAAGUAUAAAAGACGCCCUCCUGCCAAACGGCCCAACUAUGUUAAGCUUGGCACUCUGGCCCCUUUCUGCUGUCCCUGGGAGCAGUUAACGCAAGACUGGGAGUUGAGAGUCCAUUCCCACAAAGAAUCUUCUGUAGUUUCAUCUCCACCCUGUGAGGAGAGUGACCUAAGAAGAUAUGAAGUGUCUUGUACUCCCAUGCCUGAAAAAACUCAGCUAUCUGAUGAAGUGGGCACAUCCCUAAACCACUCCACGGAGCCAGAAGAAGUGAUGGACACAGAGUGUCGAGACCAGGCAGGGGCCGAGAGGGUAAUAGACCAGGAUGUCAGUGAGAACCGUGUUGCUGCCACUGGUAGUCAACUCUGCGUUCUUAGGAGUAGAAAAUUACUGAAGCAACUGUCAGCCUGGUGCGGGCCCAGUCCUGGGGACAGUCGGGCAGCCCGGCGAGCUCCCAGCAGAGGCCAGCAAGGAUUGACCGAAGAGGCCUGCCUGUCUAUCGUGGACCACUUCCCCCGGGCCCUGGUGUGGGUCAGCCUGUCCCUGCUCAGGAAGGGCAGCCCUGAGCCGCACACCAUGAUCUGUGUUCCAGCCAAGGACGACUUCCUCCAGCUCAGUCAGGAUAGGCAUUACUGUGGGCCCCAGGAAUCCAAACACAGUGACCCAUUCAAGAGCAAGAUCCUGAAACAGAACGAAAAGAAGAAAAUGGAGAGAAGGCAAAAGCGGGGACAUGCCAUUUCUGAGGGCCUGGCACUGGGAGAUCCUGCACCCGGGCAGGAAGCUCUGACUCUGGGGCUGUGGUCAGGCCCUCUCCCGAGUGUGACUUCGCACUGCUCCAGAGCUCUCCUAGGCUUUGUCACUCAGGGAGAUUUUUCCAUGGCUGUUGGCUGUGGAGAAGCCCUGGGGUUUGUUAGUUUGACAGGCUUGCUGGAUAUGCUGUCUAGCCAGCCAGCAGCCGAGAGGGGCUUGGUGAUACUGAGGCCUCCCGCCUCUCUGCAGUAUCGAUUUGCGAGAAUUGCUAUUGAGGUAUGAAUGUGGUUUAUAUCCCACAGUUGGACGGUCCUGUUUUCCCUGUCUUUUGUUUCAAAAUAUGUGAAAUUCCCUGGGAACAAGAUUAAAAAAUGAUAUAUUAUGCAAAUGAUGAAAUGUUUACGUCAUUCCAGUAAUCUCAUUUAUUUUCAUCUUUCCCUGUCCUUGCUGUAAUACUUAUAAAUUACUUGGCAUGUAUAGCCAAAAGCUUUGUAUUAUGAUCUCUCGGUGUGUGUAAUUCUUGCUGAAAAUAAUUAGAAGCUGUACAUGUUAUCAUCUCCUUUUAUUUUGUUAGGAACAAAGGUCUGUCAGGUCUGUUUGAAAAGCCUCUAGUCAUGUGAUAGGCAACGAUUGAUGUUUAAUGAUUUGAUUGUUACAGAAGAGGAAAGACUGUAAACACUUGGCCUUUGUACCAAGGAAACACAGGCCCCUGGUGGGCCACGUGCAACUCUGUACUAUGAUCAGUGUGCCCAACACCUUGUGCCACAAAGAAAGAAAGAAACAGACAAUUGAUUUCCGCUUGUUUUCAGGCAGGUUCAGGUUCUGGCAAAAGUGCUGGGCUGGAAUUAGAAAUGGAGUCCGUGCCUUUAUAACCCUUCAACUGACCUCUUUGUUGUUGGCCAACACCUGAUCCUAGGAGUUAAGUAAUUUUUUUAAGUAAAAAAAAUUAAUUUUUUUUUGUUUCUGUAAACAAUUUUCCAAAGCCAUAGAGGAACAUUUCUCUCACUAUGUUCUAUGAAAUAUGUUACCAAAAAAAAAAAAAAAAAGAUUCCAAGGUCGUGUUGAUUUGGGAAACUCUGGGAUUCACAAAGUUAAGCAUUUCUUCCUUAAAGGACUUCUGGUAAUUUCUGUGCAAUAAUGUGCAUUGUGAAGCUCCAGGAAGUACAUAAUAGUGUACAGUAUUUUCUAAAUGGUUUUGAUCCCCAAAUUCCUUUUAUAAAGAGUGCUUUGUAGGCUCAGUGUUCUUAGGAACAUGCUUGGGCAAUGUAGCUCUACAGCACGGUAGCUGCCUCUGCAAGGUGACAACUAAAAUGCCAAGCUGCUUGUCCACACUGAAGCUGUCACAUUGUCCACCUGAGGUUUUGAGCAGGGUGUAAAAGAAAGCACUUAUUCUGUCCCAUAGGAAGAGUGGGCUCAUCAUUGCUUUUUUCCACCUGCAGAGAAACUCAGUGGCUCAUCAACUUUUAGUGGCCAUGUAUGUCUCACUCGUACCCUCAGUCCUUACUUUCUUGCCAUAAAUUUCUAGCAGAGCCUUAGUGUUUUUUUUUUUUUAAUUUUAAUGUUCAGUUGGCAUUAUUUCUUGUAAACGCACUGGGUUUUUGCAGUAGCAUUUGGCAGUAAAUGUCUCUGUGGGUGAUGAAUUUGGGGAAAGAUGCAGCGAAUGUUAAGUAGUCAGAAAGUACCUUGAGCCAAUGAGAUACCUGAUGUUUUUGCUUCCACCAUGCCUCUGAAUACCUUUGGGUUCAACCCAAACAAGACUGAAAAAAAAAAAACCCAGUGUAACUAAGUGGCAUCUGUAAACAGAAUAAAUUAAAAUGUCGCCUGAUGUUCA